AUGUCGGACCCGUCCACCCAGUUCCUUCACCUCGUCUCGUCCUUGCUGAGCAACCUCUCACCUUCCUCGCCAGUGCCCGAUGCCAUCCUCCUCCAGCUCCACGUCGUGUUUGGUCCGAUGCUCACGUCUGCUCUCCAGCUCGUGGACAGGAGGGACGUCGUCAAGGUCUGCCUUCCAGGUGGCCGUGUGAUCCACCAGGUCACUUCAUCUGCCGGUGCACCAUAUACUCUGUAUCUCGACCUGCCCGCUCCCCCAUCACCACCACCACCAACGAUUGCCGCCCCGGAACCCGUGGUCGACGCCGAGACUGAUAGGCCGGAAGUAUCCCCCGACAGCGACGCGCAGAACACGCGUAUCGGCGACGACGUUCGGUAUCUCAAGGCACUGUACUGUCCGUGUGCCGGGUUUGCGUUCAACUCGUUGACGGGUGGGAGGAAUGUGUUUGUGAGUGAGCCCCAAGUGGGGGGACAUGGGGGCUCUCAAGCACAUUGA